AAGAAGUAUCGUUACUGUAGUUUACUUGUUGAAUGACAGCAGGGGAAAGUUGCCAGGUUUUCCAAUUUGGAGACUACCGAUACUUCUUUGACACGGAGUCACAGCGUUUCUGACAUCUGACUGUGAAGUUUACUUGGAAAAAUGCGGGACCGAACAAAGGAAUUAGGAAACAACGCCGAAGUUUCAGAUGAUGAUGAAGAGGGCAAAGCUCUGAUGAACAAACCUGGAACCUCAUCAGCCAAAGAUGAGAAGGAGAAUGACGCUUUCUUUAUAAAGGUUCAAGAGAUUCAUGAGGGGCUGCAGAGUCUCAAAAAGAUGGUGUCGGACCUCGAGAACAAGCAGAAAACAGUGCUGGGAGUGGCGCUGCCAGAGGAGAGUAUGAAGAAAGAGCUCCAAACUCUUCGAGAGGAGAUCAAAACCUUGGCAGCCCAGAUUCAGCGGAGACUGAAGAGUAUUGAACCCAAGAAGUCAGAAAGUGAUGGAAAAUAUAUUCCUGUUAAUGUUCGGAUGCAGCGCACUCAGCAUGGCAUCCUGUCUAAGGAGUUUGUGGAGUUGAUGGGCCACUGUAACACCAUCCAGGCCCAGUACAGAGACCGUAACGUGGAGAGGAUACAGAGGCAGCUGAAAAUCACUGGCACCAAUGUGACCGAUGAAGAGCUGGACGCCAUGCUGGAAAGUGGCCAGACGGAUGUUUUUACCCAGAAUAUCCUGAGCGAUGCUAAAGCUACAAAGCAGGCUCUGAAUGAGAUUGAGUCACGGCACGAUGAAAUCCUGAAGCUGGAGAGGAGCAUCAGAGACCUGCAUGACAUGUUCCAGUACCUCGCCAUGGAGGUGGAGGCUCAGGGGGAGAUGGUGAACAGGAUCGAAGCUAACAUAAAGCAGUCCGCUAACUACGUGGAGAAAGCAGCGGAAGACACGGGAAAAGCAGUCACAUACCAGCAGAAAGCUCGCAAGAAAAAAGUUUGGAUUGCCAUCUGUUUGGCCAUCCUCCUCCUCAUCAUCAUCAUCGCAUUGGUCACUACUUUCAGCUCAUAACACCAGGCUGUGUAAGAUGGCUGUAGGUCUGUUUAAAGGAAGCAUAUUGCAUUUAAAAAACCCCGUUUGUAAAUAACUGAACCCACCAGACAUACAGGUGACUUUAGUCAGUGUUUUUUUUCUUUUUAAAUCACAUUUUAUAGUGGUCUUCCUCUAACCCAACUGUUUCUUCUUGUAAGGGGCCUGCUCUGUUGUUGAAUCUCAGAAAUGACCACAAUCUUGAUACAGUUGUCAGUUUCUGUUCAACCAGUUAUGAACUGUUACUUCAAUCAUUCUGCCUCCUCUAACAUUUAAGAAAAAAAGGAACUAAGUGACCUUGAGAGGGGAAAAAAAAGGCACAAUGCAGUAUUGAAACAACACUGGCGCUGAUCAUGCUGUACUCAGGAAAACUGUUGUGCUUCUGGAUAAAAUAGAGACGCAAAGAACAAUUUUAUAGCAUAAGACUUUUCUUUAUAGGUAAUUACAGAUGAACUAAUAUAAUUGUACAUAACGUAUAUUGUUUUUUGCAGAGUUUUUUUUCUUAAACUUGUAAACUAUUUGAAACUUUCUUCAUGCACCAAAUGUAAAUACAUUUAGUCUUUUGGUGUAGAUUAAUGCUACAGUUGUCUCAGCACAGCAACAACAGGUCCUGCCCCCCCCCCCCCCAGUUAUUUGUCCAUACAGUUCAGAUCAUUUUAUUGAUUUGAAUAUUGUGUCAGCUGCUACAAAAAACGCCCAGUGCUUAAUGAAACACUUAAAACAACUGUGCCUUCUCCAUUAUAUCAAGCUGGGAAAUUAGAUUUUUGUGCACUAACAUUGUUUAAGAAGGGAUGGACUAAGUUUUUAAUUGUUGCAAUUCAAGGAGUUUCAGAAGAUCCCUCGACUUUUCACUGGUUUGUUGCACUGUGGAAAGUCUUGGUCUGGUUUAGGUUCAUUCUGGAGCAGCAGGACGUUCAGAUGCUGCCUUCCACAAUGAGAUGAUCUGUUAGGAAAAAUAGGCCAAGUCCACUUUGAAAAGGCCGACGGAGGACAGAGGUGACUCUCCUAUUGUGCUCAGUUACAGCUGUUAUAUUUGAGCGUCACUCAUUUUAAUAUUGGUUUUUAAAUAAAAUACAGUCUAUCACUUUGUUUGUCCUGUCAAUAAUUUAUUGAUUUAGCUGAAGUGUGGGCACACUUUACCUCAUGAAAGCAUUAACAGAAUACAGUAAGACAAUGAAAAAUGUAAACUAAGUUUUGGUCUUUUUAUUAAACUGUAAUUAUCUUAAUUUUCAAGUAAAACAAUGUGGAAUUACAAGGGAUCAAAGGAAUGCAACAAAUAGAGACAAAUCAAAAGUAAGACCAUCACCAGGAACUACCCACCCCCACCAAAUAUCACUUUUGCUCAAAAUUAAAAUCGACAAUUUACAGUCAUCUGGAACUGUACCAGCAAUUUUAUUCACAUUUUUUUUUCUUACAUGAACCAAGAGUGAUGAAGUGAUGUGACAAAACAUCAGGUGAAAAAUAAAACAAUGGAGCACUGAUGCACAGGGUGUGUUUUGUUUCGCAGAAGGGUUGAAUGUUUAGUUUGGCUUUAGUUUUUUUUGUUUUUUUUUCUUUUUAAUAAGCUGCUUCAGGUG